UUCUGGGCUGAAGAGAAUUCUCGCGUGUAAUCUGUACGACUCGUGCCCAUUAUUUACCAUUGAGGAUGGUUAAAAGCCAUCUCCUCCGUAGGCUGUGAAUCAGUUUUUGCGUAAAAUUCUCAACUUGAAAAUGUGCAGUGCUGCGGAGCUUAAUAUUACGGCGGAUGAUUUAAAAUUAAUCUGUCGUCGUCAUUUAGUGCGUGAAACGUGCAACUAUCGCAAAUUCUACGUGAAUUCGUGUGAAUUGAAAAAAUUGGAUGAUGGCCCAGCGGGAUUCUUGGCGCAUCACUACAUCAUGACGGUGGAGAUUAGUGAGAAAGCUGUGGGCUAUUGCGAUGAGAAGAGAUCAAUAAAUUCCCAAACAAUCACAUUCUUCGUCAAAGUCUUCCCUGAGAGUGUACAGGAGCAAGCUGAAUAUACGAAUGAGAUGAAGGCAUUCCAGAAGGAGGUUGACCUGUAUUCAUUUCUCCUGCCUCGCCUUCAGGAUAUUGGGAUUGGUUCAAAGGAAUGGGGUGCACAGUCCUACCUGACGAAGGAUGAUAAAAUUUUGGUCAUUGAAAAUCUCAAAGCUGAUGGCUUUGAGAUGGCUCUCACGCACACAGGGGUGUGCAAUUUUGACUUUGACCACCUUUCUGUGGGCUUGGAUGUUGUGGCGCGUUUCCAUGCAUGUGGGAUUGUCCUCGAGGAUCGUAGCCACGUUCAACCGCCACAAAUGUACCCGGAUUGCUUCGAGGAGAACGCCUAUCCCGACGUGGAGAAUCACAUUCGGAUGCUGGGGCUGAAAAAUGCCAUCCACGCGCAUUUGGAAUUAAUCAAGCGAAUCCCCAAAUAUCAAGAUAAUCAAAAGUUAAAUACAAUCCUCACAGAAUACCCGAAGGUUAUCAUGAAGAUUGUUGACUUUGUCAAGCCGUCUGAGCAGUAUAAGAACGUGGUGAGUCACGGGGAUCUCUGGGCCAAUAACAUCAUGUUCCAGUACGAAGAACGUGGCGAAGAGAAGAAAAUUCUCAAGCCCGUUGAUGGGCGUCUUGUGGACUUUCAGCUCGUCCGCUAUGCACCACCAGCUCUCGAUGUGGUCACCCUUGUGUGCAAUACAACGGACAGUGCCUUCCGCAAGGAAAAGCAGAGCAUCCUUCUGGAUGGCUACUACAAGAGCCUCACGAAGGAAUUGGCGAGAUUUGGCAUUGUAGCUGAAGACAUUAUUUCCUGGGAGGACUUCUUGGAGAGCUGUGAGCAUUACAAACUCGCAGGGUUAAUUGAGAGUGUCCUCUUUGGGCAUCUCACGCGACUCCCAACGGAAAUUGCCAAUGAACUCCUAACUUCUUCGGAGAAAUUUGGGGAUUUCAUCAAAUCCCACGCAAGGGAUGAAUAUUGCAUUCGUGCUUUUGAGACGGAUUUCAAUUAUAGAACACGACUGACUGACUCCUUCUGCCAAAUCAUCGAUAAUUACAUCUUUAAUAAUUAAAUACUACAAUUAAUUCUUAUAUCAUAAAGCAAAUAAAUCAAAUUAUUCACUCCCAAUACAGCAAUGAUUUCACCUCUUGAUUGUUCACCCUCAACUCGGGGGAUUUUUCUUAAGGGUUGUGCGAUAAUGUUAUAAAUCAAUUUGUUUACGAAUGU